CCAUCAUCAUCAUCCUCCCCCCACGAGGAAGGGCACUCGGAGGGGCUGCAUUGCAGACCCAGCCGAGCCGGCAGACAAAAGCGACGCUGCUCCGCCCGCGGCUCCCCGGUACAAAGAGCCCGGCCGGCGCCGAGCUCGCCGCUGCAGCACCGCGCCCUGCGCAGCCUUCCACAGCCUGAAAAUGCUGGACACCAUCAGCAGCCAGUACGACUCCUUCAUCUACUGGAGGAUGCCGAUCCCGCGGCUGGACACGGCCGAGCUGGAGGGGCUGGGGCUCGCAGACAUGGCCCUCUACAAGCCCAAGGCAGGGCUGGCCAAGCUGGGCGAGCGGGGUGGCCAGGACCUCUCCCAGGAAGAGGACACUCUGCUGCAGUUCAACAGCUUUAACUUCUGGCGAGCUCCCAUUGCCAGCAUCAGCUCCUUAGAUUUCGAUUUAAUUUGAAGCCCUCCCUGCCCCUCCUCACCCCCCUGCUCUCUCUUUUUCCGCCAGGCAUGCCAGGAUUUGGUUUUGUUGUCAGUUUGGAGGCUGUUGGGUUGUGUUUUUUUUUGGUUUUUUUUUUGGUUCUGGGCAGUUUUGCCAUUCCUCGCUCGCUCAGCAGCUCACCGCGGCCUCGACGGUGAUGGGCUCCCUGAAAAUCUCCAACCCUUCUCCCCGUUUUCCUCCUGGAAUCCCAACGGUGCCAGCAACAGCUGGCAAACACGAGGGGAGGGGGCAGAAAAAGCCCCCCCAUUGCCCCUCUCUGUUCCCAGAGGGUUUGGGAGGUGCCACCGCCCUGUGUGACAAUUUCUCAGCUCAUUUCUCGUGUGCUUUUUUUAAGAAACUCAUUUGUGCAAAUGAGGAGCAAGGGGAAUCGCCCUCGUUUUGUAGAAAGCAUUGACCCUCUGUGCUCCCCUGGCCCAAUUUCUCAAAAUUCCUCUUUGUCCCUUGACCUUCCCCUCGGGAAUGCAAGGUGGAAGAGGCAGAGAUAUCUUCUUCUCGAGAAAUAUAAUCACUUUGAGCCUUGUGGUGUGAGCCCAAGCAAAAGAAAAUAUGUCCAGGAGGAUAAAUAGACAUGGAAAUGCACUGAGCUUGCUUAGUGGGGUCAAGGCUGGGUGUUUAUUGCCCCAAAUUUGACUUUUUUCAUCCUUUUUUAACGCCCCACAUGGUUUAUUCCCAGUGCAGCUCCUGACUGGGACAGAUGCUGGGCACAUUUUGGGGUCUGGAAGGGUGAUGGGGCAGAGCUGAAAGAUGGAUCUUACCCUCAGAUGAAAAUAUUUCAGGUUUUCCACCCACUUAAUCCCUUUCUUUACAACCACCAACAAUGCUGCAUUCAUUCAAGCGGAAGCCUUGAGUUUUCUCCGGGGAGAUUUUCACCUGCUGAGGUUUAUUUCUGAGUGUCAGCUUAAAACUGGGGGGCAAAACCCAACCUGGAAUAAUUUUUGGCUUUUAAACAGGUUUGGGGUUUUUUUCCCUCUCCAAGAUUGUUUUCUGGGAUUGAUUUGUCUUCUUGAAUGUGCUUUUUUUUUGGGCUUGAUUGGGAUGAAGUGAUGUGAAGCAUCCCAAAAUCAUCCUGAGAGUUGGGGGGUAUAUGGCUGAGGCAGCACUUAAAAAAGUGCCAGAAAUAGACAAAAAAUUGGAAAAAUCUGCAUUCUACUACGAAAAUUGGAUUCAGUCUCCUGUAAUCUGCAGAAAUAAUCAAGUGUGCUGAUUUUGAACCGUCUGUGUAAAACCAGAGAUGAAAAAUGUAAACUCUCCUCUGCAGAGCUGUUUGACUUCUGUGUUCCCAGCUAGGAAAACCUGCAGGAGAAGUAUUUAUUAUGAAACCUUAAAUAAAAUCAGUUCAAAACAUAC